AUGCCACAACUCGGGCGAGGUCGUUUGGUCGAGUUAUUCGCGUCUUGGUGCAACAACCUCGCGCCCGUGUGGGAGAAAGUCGUGACGGCGCUAAAGGGAAUCGUGACUGCUGCCGCGGUGGACUACGACGCGAACCCGUCCCUCGCGCAAGAGUACGGCGUGCAGGGCAUUCCCACCAUUAAGGUGUUCGCGCCGCACCUCAAGACGCCCGCGGACUACGAGGGCCAGCUUGACACCAAGGCUAUCGUGGACUUCGCGCUCUCGCAGGUUUGGUAUGUGUGGGCAGAGGCAGGGGCACAACCAGCUUUGAGGCGCCCCAAAAUUCCCUUCCUUCCCCGCCCUCCUCGUCUCUCCCCCCACCCUCUGACCCUGUGUCUCACAUGCGUUCGCAGGUAUGUGUGGGCGGAGGCAGGGGCACAGCCGGCUCUGGAGAAGGCUCUAGGCAUGGGCGGUUAUGGAUACCCGGCUCUCAUCGCCCUCAACGCCAAGAGGCAGCGGUUCAGCCCUUUCAAAAGCGCCUUCGAGCAGGAGCACCUGAGUGAGUUUGUGCGUCUGGCAGCCCGGGGUGGGCGGGGCAUAGAGCCCGUGGAGAGCAUUCCAGAGGCGGAGAGCAGGGAGCCAUGGGACGGCAAGGAUGGGCAGGUGGUGGAGGAGGAGUUUAGCCUGGAGGACCUUAUGGGAGAUGACUCACCGGCCGCUGCUGCUGCUGCUGCUGACGAGCUCUAG